CUCUUUCUAAAGCCCUUUCUCAUCUAAACCCUAAUCUCCAUGGCCGAGACCAAUGGAGAGCCCCAUUCCGAAACCCCAGAUCCCGAAUCCAAUCCCUUACCUCCCUCGAAGCGCAAGGCCGAUCCCACUUCCCUCGAGGAAGGGGAAGGCGAGCGAGCGAAGAAGCAUCAGAUGCCUGAGUUAGCCUCUGAUCCCGCAACUCAAACCCUAGACGGAGCCAACGAAGAUGACGGCCGUCAAGAGGCCGAGAAGGAAGCCGCCGACGCUGACGAGGAUCGGACAGUCACUGUCGUUAAGGGGAAGGGAGAGCUGACCGCGGUGGACAAGGGCAAAGGGAUAAUGGUGGAGGAGGAAGAAGAGGAGGAAGGGGAGGACGAUGAUGAGGACAGCAAUGACAGUAGCGAUGUGGACAGUGGCGACGAGAUUGGUGAGGAGGGGGAUGAUGACAGCGAUUUCGUCGAUGAUCCACUGGCGGAGGUGGAUCUGGAGAAUAUCCUUCCUUCGAGGACCCGGCGACGGGAGCCACCGCCACCCGGGGCUUAUUUCGACCCCGUUCAGGAUGAAGAUGACAGUGACGAGAGCGAGUAAGACAAGAUGCUGCUGUUAGAAGAGGAAAAUACAAGUUGGCAGAUGACCUCACUUGAUAGUAGCUAAAUCCCUUAAUGUCUGUGACUCCAUUUUUGUCAGCGGGCUUUUUUUCCUCUGUUAUUUUCCGUGCCACAUUUAGUCUUCCCAGUGCUCCUUAAAGGAACAUCAGAUGACUUGUAUCCUUGUCACUUAUUCCUAUGGAUUAAUUUAUUCCAGAUUAAGGCGCCA